GUAUUGAUUGGCUGUUGAACUGUGUAGGGAAAAGGGAAGCUCAAACGAAAGACAUGUUUACGAGUCCGUGAUAAGAAGCCAGAAACAGAGGAGGCAAGAAGACCGAAAUACCUGUACAUUUUAUACAAAGUAAGCGAGAAAUCUUCUGGGGACAGACUCUUAUCAUAUUUUCCGAUACACGUUUGAUUGUUUUAUUGUUAAAAGGACAACAUGGGUUGCUGGUUCUCCAAAAAAUCCAAGAGGAAAUCACCCGAAAAGGAACCUACUCCGACAACGGCGGAAGAGAAGACGAACAGCAGUAGUAACGCCAACAACAUUGACCCCUGCAGCAAUACAACGGAGGAUCCACCGAAACAAUACAGCUGGGACAAACGUGAAAAGGUUGACCCUAAGGACUUCAUGCUAACGGGGCUGAAGGAUGCCACGGUGGGCCGUCUGCCAGGCAAGCUGAACGGACAGCAGUUUGUCAUCCAGGACUGUGACAACUGUAAGAUCUUCGUGUUGGACCACUCCGCCACCAUCACCAUCGACGACUGCACUAACUGCUGCAUCGUUAUGGGGCCGGUGAAGGGCAGUGUUUUCUUCAGGGACUGUAAGGAUAUCAAGUGUGUGGUGGCCUGCCAGCAGUUCAGGACCAGGGACUGUCAGAAGAUGGAGGUGUUCCUGUGUUGCGCCACUCAGCCCAUCAUCGAGGCGUCCACGGGGAUGAAGUUCGGCUGCUUCCAGUACUACUACCCCGAGCUGGCCUUCCACUUCAAGGACGCAGGCCUCAGCAUCUUCAACAACAACUGGAGCAACGUCCAUGACUUCACGCCCGUCUCCGGGGAGACCAACUGGAGUCUGCUGCCUGAGGACACUGUGGUGUUGGACCAUGUUCCGGCCCCUGACCCGGAAUCAGAGUUUAAAUCAGUCCGGGUCUCAGCUGAGGCAUCCCGCAGCAUCGUACCCAUGACCAAAGGAGGCAGACGCAAGGAGAGUGAUGAGUCCUGUCUGUUUGUGUUCUUCGCUGGGGACUACACCACUGCUAACGCCCGGAAACUCAUUGAUGAGGCCUCUGGGAAAGGGUUUGUGCUGAUCCAGACUAAGGAAGUGUCCCUGCGCCCCGAGGACGUCAGCAGAGUGUUCCAGAACGAUGCAGAGGGACUCCUAGAGUGGAUCACCAACGGCCCAGUGACAGCCCUGGAGUUGAAUGGGGACGGGGUAGUGGAGGCCUGCAAGAGCCUGGCCAGUGACUUGUUCAGCGGCACCAAGGUGUUUGUUUCAGACAACAGAAAUACUUCCUCUCGAGAUGUGGACAACUUCUUCAACUUUGCUGACAUGCAGAUGGGCUUGUGAAUAAAUCACUGUAUGAUCAUCAAAACUUACUACACAACCAAGGAUUUUUUAUACUAGUAGGUAGUGGAGAAGGACAGGUUAAUCAACAUAGUGAUGGUAGGUAGUGGAGAAGGACAGGUUAAUCAACAUAGUGAUGGUAGCAGAGAGGACAGGUUAAUCAACAUAGUGAUGGUAGGUAGGAGAGAGGACAGGUUAAUCAACAUAGUGAUGGUAGGUAGUGGAGAGGACAGGUUAAUCAACAUAGUGAUGGUAGGUAGUGGAGAAGGACAGGUUAAUCAACAUAGUGAUGGCAGAGAGGACAGGUUAAUCAACAUAGUGAUGGCAGAGAGGAGAGAGGACAGGUUAAUCAACAUAGUGAUGGUAGGUAGUGGAGAAGGACAGGUUAAUCAACAUAGUGAUGGUAGGUAGGAGAGAGGACAGGUUAAUCAACAUAGUGAUGGUAGGUAGGAGAGAGGACAGGUUAAUCAACAUAGUGAUGGUAGGUAGUGGAGAGGACAGGUUAAUCAACAUAGUGAUGGUAGGUAGUGGAGAAGGACGGGUUAAUCAACAUAGUGAUGGUAGAUAGGAGAGAGGACAUGUUAAUCAACAUAGUGAUGGUAGGUAGUGGAGAGGACAGGUUAAUCAACAUAGUGAUGGUAGGUAGUGGAGAAGGACAGGUUAAUCAACAUAGUGAUGGUAGCAGAGAGGACAGGUUAAUCAACAUAGUGAUGGUAGGUAGUGGAGAAGGACAGGUUAAUCAACAUAGUGAUGGCAGAGAGGACAGGUUAAUCAACAUAGUGAUGGCAGAGAGGACAGGUUGAUCAACAUAGUGAUGGUAGGUAGGAGAGAGGACAGGUUAAUCAACAUAGUGAUGAUAGGUAGUGGAGAAGGACAGGUUAAUCAACAUAGUGAUGGUAGGUAGUGGAGAGGACAGGUUAAUCAACAUAGUGAUGGUAGGUAGGAGAGAGGACAGGUUAAUCAACAUAGUGAUGGUAGGUAAUGGAGAAGGACAGGUUAAUCAACAUAGUGAUGGUAGGUAGGAGAGAGGACAGGUUAAUCAACAUAGUGAUGGUAGGUAGUGGAGAAGGACAGGUUAAUCAACAUAGUGAUGGUAGGUAGGAGAGAGGACAGGUUAAUCAACAUAGUGAUGGUAGAUAGGAGAGAGGACAAGUUAAUCAACAUAGUGAUGGUAGGUAGGAGAGGACAGGUUAAUCAACAUAGUGAUGGUAGGUAGCAGAGAGGACUGGUUAAUCAACAUAGUGAUGGUAGGUAGAGAGGACAGGUUAAUCAACAUAGUGAUGGUAGGUAGUGGAGAAGGACAUGUUAAUCAACAUAGUGAUGGUAGGUAGCAGAGAGGACAGGUUAAUCAACAUAGUGAUGGUAGGUAGGACAGGUUAAUCAACAUAGUGAUGGUAGGUAGUGGAGAAGGACAGGUUAAUCAACAUAGUGAUGGUAGGUAGUGGAGAGGACAGGUUAAUCAACAUAGUGAUGGUAGGUAGGAGAGAGGACAGGUUAAUCAAUAUAGUGAUGGUAGGUAGUGGAGAGGACAGGUUAAUCAACAUAGUGAUGGUAGGUAGGAGAGAGGACAGGUUAAUCAACAUAGUGAUGGUAGGUAGGAGAGAGGACAGGUUAAUCAACAUAGUGAUGGUAGGUAGGAGAGAGGACAGGUUAAUCAACAUAGUGAUGGUAGGUAGUCGAGAGGACAGGUUAAUCAACAUAGUGAUGGUAGGUAGUGGAGAAGGACAGGUUAAUCAACAUAGUGAUGGCAGAGAGGACAGGUUAAUCAACAUAGUGAUGGCAGAGAGGAGAGAGGACAGGUUAAUCAACAUAGUGAUGGUAGGUUCGGAGGGAGGACAGGUUAAUCAACAUAGUGAUGGUAGAUAACAGAGAGGACAGGUUAAUCAACAUAGUGAUGGUAGGUAGUGGAGAAGGACAGGUUAAUCAACAUAGUGAUGGUAGGUAGGAGAGAGGACAGGUUAAUCAACAUAGUGAUGGUAGAUAGGAGAGAGGACAUGUUAAUCAACAUAGUGAUGGUAGGUAGUGGAGAGGACAGGUUAAUCAACAUAGUGAUGGUAGGUAGUGGAGAAGGACAGGUUAAUCAACAUAGUGAUGGUAGGUAGGAGAGAGGACAGGUUAAUCAACAUAGUGAUGGUAGGUAGGAGAGAGGACAGGUUAAUCAACAUAGUGAUGGUAGGUAGUGGAGAGGACAGGUUAAUCAACAUAGUGAUGGUAGGUAGUGGAGAAGGACAGGUUAAUCAACAUAGUGAUGGUAGAUAGGAGAGAGGACAGGUUAAUCAACAUAGUGAUGGUAGGUAGGAGAGGACAGGUUAAUCAACAUAGUGAUGGUAGGUAGCAGAGAGGACUGGUUAAUCAACAUAGUGAUGGUAGGUAGAGAGGACAGGUUAAUCAACAUAGUGAUGGUAGGUAGUGGAGAAGGACAGGUUAAUCAACAUAGUGAUGGUAGGUAGCAGAGAGGACAGGUUAAUCAACAUAGUGAUGGUAGGUAGGACAGGUUAAUCAACAUAGUGAUGGUAGGUAGUGGAGAAGGACAGGUUAAUCAACAUAGUGAUGGUAGGUAGUGGAGAGGACAGGUUAAUCAACAUAGUGAUGGUAGGUAGGAGAGAGGACAGGUUAAUCAAUAUAGUGAUGGUAGGUAGUGGAGAGGACAGGUUAAUCAACAUAGUGAUGGUAGGUAGGAGAGAGGACAGGUUAAUCAACAUAGUGAUGGUAGGUAGGAGAGAGGACAGGUUAAUCAACAUAGUGAUGGUAGGUAGGAGAGAGGACAGGUUAAUCAACAUAGUGAUGGUAGGUAGUGGAGAGGACAGGUUAAUCAACAUAGUGAUGGUAGGUAGUGGAGAAGGACAGGUUAAUCAACAUAGUGAUGGCAGAGAGGACAGGUUAAUCAACAUAGUGAUGGCAGAGAGGAGAGAGGACAGGUUAAUCAACAUAGUGAUGGUAGGUAGUGGAGAAGGACAGGUUAAUCAACAUAGUGAUGGUAGGUAGGAGAGAGGACAGGUUAAUCAACAUAGUGAUGGUAGGUAGGAGAGAGGACAGGUUAAUCAACAUAGUGAUGGUAGGUAGUGGAGAGGACAGGUUAAUCAACAUAGUGAUUGUAGGUAGGAGAGAGGACAGGUUAAUCAACAUAGUGAUGGUAGGUAGUGGAGAAGGACAGGUUAAUCAACAUAGUGAUGGUAGGUAGUGGAGAGGACAUGUUAAUCAACAUAGUGAUGGUAGGUAGUGGAGAGGACAGGUUAAUCAACAUAGUGAUGGUAGGUAGGAGAGAGGACAGGUUAAUCAACAUAGUGAUGGUAGGUAGGAGAGAGGACAGGUUAAUCAACAUAGUGAUGGUAGGUAGUGGAGAGGACAGGUUAAUCAACAUAGUGAUGGUAGGUAGUGGAGAAGGACAGGUUAAUCAACAUAGUGAUGGUAGAUAGGAGAGAGGACAGGUUAAUCAACAUAGUGAUGGUAGGUAGGAGAGGACAGGUUAAUCAACAUAGUGAUGGUAGGUAGCAGAGAGGACUGGUUAAUCAACAUAGUGAUGGUAGGUAGAGAGGACAGGUUAAUCAACAUAGUGAUGGUAGGUAGUGGAGAAGGACAGGUUAAUCAACAUAGUGAUGGUAGGUAGCAGAGAGGACAGGUUAAUCAACAUAGUGAUGGUAGGUAGGACAGGUUAAUCAACAUAGUGAUGGUAGGUAGUGGAGAAGGACAGGUUAAUCAACAUAGUGAUGGUAGGUAGUGGAGAGGACAGGUUAAUCAACAUAGUGAUGGUAGGUAGGAGAGAGGACAGGUUAAUCAAUAUAGUGAUGGUAGGUAGUGGAGAGGACAGGUUAAUCAACAUAGUGAUGGUAGGUAGGAGAGAGGACAGGUUAAUCAACAUAGUGAUGGUAGGUAGGAGAGAGGACAGGUUAAUCAACAUAGUGAUGGUAGGUAGGAGAGAGGACAGGUUAAUCAACAUAGUGAUGGUAGGUAGGAGAGAGGACAGGUUAAUCAACAUAGUGAUGGUAGGUAGUGGAGAGGACAGGUUAAUCAACAUAGUGAUGGUAGGUAGUGGAGAAGGACAGGUUAAUCAACAUAGUGAUGGCAGAGAGGACAGGUUAAUCAACAUAGUGAUGGCAGAGAGGAGAGAGGACAGGUUAAUCAACAUAGUGAUGGUAGGUAGUGGAGAAGGACAGGUUAAUCAACAUAGUGAUGGUAGGUAGGAGAGAGGACAGGUUAAUCAACAUAGUGAUGGUAGGUAGUGGAGAAGGACGGGUUAAUCAACAUAGUGAUGGUAGAUAGGAGAGAGGACAUGUUAAUCAACAUAGUGAUGGUAGGUAGUGGAGAGGACAGGUUAAUCAACAUAGUGAUGGUAGGUAGGAGAGAGGACAGGUUAAUCAACAUAGUGAUGGUAGAUAGGAGAGAGGACAGGUUAAUCAACAUAGUGAUGAUAGGUAGUGGAGAAGGACAGGUUAAUCAACAUAGUGAUGGUAGGUAGGAGAGGACAGGUUAAUCAACAUAGUGAUGGUAGGUAGUGGAGAAGGACAGGUUAAUCAACAUAGUGAUGGCAGAGAGGACAGGUUAAUCAACAUAGUGAUGGCAGAGAGGACAGGUUAAUCAACAUAGUGAUGGCAGAGAGGACAGGUUAAUCAACAUAGUGAUGAUAGGUAGUGGAGAAGGACAGGUUAAUCAACAUAGUGAUGGUAGGUAGUGGAGAGGACAGGUUAAUCAACAUAGUGAUGGUAGGUAGGAGAGAGGACAGGUUAAUCAACAUAGUGAUGGUAGGUAGUGGAGAAGGACAGGUUUAUCAACAUAGUGAUGGUAGGUAGGAGAGAGGACAGGUUAAUCAACAUAGUGAUGGUAGGUAGGAGAGAGGACAGGUUAAUCAACAUAGUGAUGGUAGAUAGGAGAGAGGACAGGUUAAUCAACAUAGUGAUGGUAGGUAGUGGAGAAGGACGGGUUAAUCAACAUAGUGAUGGUAGGUAGGAGAGAGGACAGGUUAAUCAACAUAGUGAUGGUAGGUAGGAGAGGACAGGUUAAUCAACAUAGUGAUGGUAGGUAGCAGAGAGGACUGGUUAAUCAACAUAGUGAUGGUAGGUAGGAGAGAGGACAGGUUAAUCAACAUAGUGAUGGUAGGUAGGAGAGAGGACAGGUUAAUCAACAUAGUGAUGGUAGAUAGGAGAGAGGACAGGUUAAUCAACAUAGUGAUGGUAGGUAGGAGAGGACAGGUUAAUCAACAUAGUGAUGGUAGAGAGGACAGGUUAAUCAACAUAGUGAUGGUAGCAGAGAGGACAGGUUAAUCAACAUAGUGAUGGUAGGUAGUGGAGAGGACAGGUUAAUCAACAUAGUGAUGGUAGGUAGCAGAGAGGACAGGUUAAUCAACAUAGUGAUGAUAGAUAGGAGAGAGGAGAGGUUAAUCAACAUAGUGAUGGUAGGUAGCAGAGAGGACUGGUUAAUCAACAUAGUGAUGGUAGGUAGGAGAGAGGACAGGUUAAUCAAAAUAGUGAUGGUAGGUAGUGGAGAAGGACAGGUUAAUCAACAUAGUGAUGGCAGAGAGGACAGGUUAAUCAACAUAGUGAUGGCAGAGAGGACAGGUUAAUCAACAUAGUGAUGGUAGCAGAGAGGAGAGAGGACAGGUUAAUCAACAUAGUGAUGGUAGGAGAGAGGACAGGUUAAUCAACAUAGUGAUGGU